AUGUUGGCAAAGCUGAAGAGUCUUUGUCAACAAGAGGGUAUUUUGAAUUUUUCGUUUGCUAAAAAUCCUCCAGAUCGGCCUCCUGACUUCAAUGCCUUUAUUGAAAUAUGGAAGAAUUCCAAUAGCCAAAUUAGCAAAAGAUUGCCUCCAGGUCCAUGGAAAUUACCUAUUCUUGGAAGCAUGCUUCAUAUGGUUGGUGGACUUCCACAUCGAGUCCUUAGAGAUUUAGCCAAAAAAUAUGGACCAAUUAUGCACCUUCAACUAGGUGAAGUUUCAGUAGUUGUGAUCACUUCUUCUGAGAUGGCAAAAGAAGUACUAAAAACUCAUGACCUUGCUUUUGCAUCUAGGCCUAAACUUUUGGCCUCCGAACUUGUCUUGUAUAACUGUUCCGAUAUUGCCUUUUGCCCAUAUGGUGAUUACUGGAAACAAAUGCGUAAAAUUUGUGUCUUGGAAGUGCUCAAUGCCAAAAAUGUUCGGUCAUCCAGUUAG